CUCUUCAAGACCAGUCAGUUCUCACUUCUCACUUCACUACUUCCUCUUCUACCGAGGAGGGGAGGCAUUUCAUUUCCCCGCCAAAAACGUUAAACUCUUUUAACACACUACUUAUAUAUAAUAUAUUCCCGAUCAAUUUUCAUAUAUGUAUUUCGGUUGUCGCAAAAGUGCCAGCACUGGGGAAUGAGAAUGGCUUCAUCCAAAACCAAAACCAAAACCCUAAUGGAUUUCCUCCAACCCGCUAAACGUUUGAAGAAAGAUUCAUCUACAUCACAAUCACUUCCAAAGAUUAUGACCACUGCCGUUUCUUCAUCCAUCUGCAGAUCAUCUGACCCUGACUCUGCCGCCGGCGCCGGUGUCGACUCUUCAUCUUCUUCCUCCUCGGCCAGCCUCACCCAUCAACAGAAAUUGCGGAUUGAAUUGAACCAAUUUCUGGCCAAAGCCAAAAGAAACCUCAGAAUCUGUUCCGAGAGAGUGUCCAAGUCUACCACAGCUGAAGGUGUGGGUUAUGUGAAGUUGGAAGAACUUUUGGUGGAGGAGACGUGGUUGGAAGCACUUCCGGGAGAGCUUCAGAAGCCCUAUGCAACGAAGUUGUGCACAUUUGUUGAGAGUGAAAUAUGUGGUGAUAGUAGUGGUGGUGGUGGUAGCCGCAUACCCAUCUAUCCUCCCCAGCACUUGAUCUUCAAUGCCCUUAACACCACCCCAUUCGACAGGGUCAAGGUUGUCAUCAUCGGACAGGAUCCAUAUCAUGGACCUGGUCAAGCAAUGGGCCUUUCUUUCUCUGUGCCUGAAGGCAUGAAAGUUCCUUCAAGUCUGGUAAACAUAUAUAAGGAACUUCUCCAGGAUCUAUGCUGCACGAUUCCUUCCCAUGGGAAUUUGGAAAAAUGGGCUAUACAGGGUGUGCUCUUGCUCAACGCUGUUCUUACUGUUAGGCAGCAUCAGCCGAAUUCUCAUGCGAAAAAAGGCUGGGAGCAAUUUACUGAUUCUGUCAUCAAGACAAUUUCACAAAAGAAGAGAGGAGUUGUUUUUCUUCUAUGGGGAAAUUAUGCUCAAGCAAAAUCCAGGUUGAUUGAUGAGACAAAGCACCAUGUUCUCAAAGCAGCUCACCCUUCUGGUUUUUCUGCAAACAGAGGCUUCUUUGGAUGCAGGCAUUUUUCUCGCACAAACCAGAUCUUGGAGAAAAUGGGGAGUUCUCCGGUAGAUUGGCAACUUUAAUCCAACGGAGCAGCUCCAAUUUUUUGACUUCUAAAUCGGUCUCGUGCUAAUCUAGUAGACGGGACUUCCAGGGUUUAGUAGGUAUUUAUGUCCCAUCUUGUCUAGCUACUUUUGUCACUGGUUCUGAUGAAUCACACAAUCGUCCACUAUGGUUUGAAGUUGAUCAAUCACAUGUAAUUUAAUUACAGUAUGUGCUCUAGUUAUUUGUAUUUGCAGAUGUUCUUUUGUGAUGCAAUGCAAAACUUACAACAGCAUGCAAGUCAAGGAGGGAUUCAUUCUCUGUUACUACGUCUUUUAUGUUUCACUUGGGUCACAUGUUCAACUUUUUGCAAUGCUGGCUGUUGCAUUUUAUAGGUAGGCUCUAUUUGUUUCCACGUAAAAUAUUUUCAUUGGAAAAGAUUUUCUUUUUUCAGGUAAAAUAUUUUUUAUUUUUA